AUGUCCACACCUGAAGUAUCUCAAAAAAGGAAGCAAGACGUAGCUGCUGAAGAAUCCCACACACUAUUGAGCUUCUUUGUUUCCAAACGGCUCAAGCGGGAUUCUGUAGUUCCUGGUCCUUCAGUCACUCCUGGCACACACAAAACAGGCGCAAGGAAACCUGACGUCAUCAUUAUAUCUGAUGAUGAAGGGUGUAUUGGAACUUCCCCGACCGAGGACGUACUGGAUUUAAGUUUUAGCGACCCGAUAGAUUACCAUGAUCACGGAAUACACGCCAUCGAGGACGACGCAAUUGAGGAUGUUGAUGUACCUGAAUCAAGUAUUGCUAUACCUUCCGAAACUCCAAGAUGUCUAGGAAACCAAUUGUUGGCCAGUUCUGUGGAGCUUAGGACCUGUCGCGUUUGUGGCUUAGUACUGUUGGAUUCUACAGCAAAGGAAAUCAGCGACCACAUUGACGAGUGUCUUGCCAAACCUCCGAAGACCUCAACGGAGGCACUGAUUGUGGUCAUUCCACUCCAAUUGGACAAGAAAGGAGGCCUGGGAUGCUGUGGAUACUAUCAACAAUACAAAACGCAAUGCCAAGCGAAUAAAUUCGUAGGAAAAGCAAAAGUAUCGACUAGAACUGGGGACAAUCCGAAAAAAAGGAAACCAGCUCCUUUUUAUAAGGUUAUGCCUGGAAUGCCUAUCGCUGUGGAUGCCUUUUGUUAUGGAAAGAUUCCGGAAGUAACAGCAUACUUCCUUUCACACGCUCAUUCCGACCAUUACACAAAUCUAUCCUCGAGUUGGAAAAAUGGACCGAUAUAUUGUUCUUGUGAGAUGGACAUUUCUGUUGAUAGCGCUGGUUUUAAUCGUUUAGAGGCAGUAACAACUGCAAACCUUAUCAAACACAUGCUUCGUGAAGUGAUCGCCAUUUCACGUAUCUACAUUGCGGAGAUUUCGCGCGUGCCAGCACAUGCUUUACAUCCGGCGAUACAUGGUCAAAAGUUGGACACUGUUUAUCUUGAUACCACUUACUUAAACCCCAAAUAUUGUUUUCCGCCUCAAACAAUGGUCAUAAACGCAUGUGCUGAGCUAGCAAAGCGCUAUAUACAAGAAGACAAGGCUAUACAAACAAAAAACGGCAAACAAAAGUCACUCCCAGCUUUAUUAAUUAACCCGGCGGGGAAGGGCGGCCUUGGCCAACACCUCUCCGCAGGAGCUUCCGGCGAUUUGGGAAGAGGGGUUUUAGUGGUUGUUGGGACAUAUACGAUUGGCAAAGAGCGAAUUGUCAAAGCUAUCGCAAAAAGCUUAUCGUCUAAAAUUUAUUCUGCACAGGUUCAUGUUCUUCCCCUCGGACAAAUCACUAUCGAAAGUUUAAGCGAAUAUCUAGUACUCAAUCAGGCUCAAUACGACCGAAUACUAGGUUUCAGGCCCACUGGUUGGACAUAUACGCCCCCGGUUGGGCAGAAUAUCGCACCCACUAUUGAUCAAAUUCUCUCCCAAGCACAAGCUCACGAGUAUACGGCAAGUGAUUUACGGCCACAGCGCGGCUCUAACCCACGGGUUACAUAUAUGGCGUCCCAUACUCAGAACAUUCUUCCUUCCGGGAAUUAA